UGUGUCCUCGCUGUAAUCAAUCACAACCCAUCGGAGAGAGAGAAAGUCCAAAAGUUUGUAAACUUCGUAACACGCUCUAACCAACCGCCUCAUAUUUAAAAACUUUCUUUUGGUAUCAUAGGAGCAAAGCCAGAAGAAGAAGAAGCAGCACCUGUUGUAGUUUUCCCCUCACUUUCUUCUUUAUUGACCUGAAAGGCCACCACCAAACGACGUCGUCCGACGAUUCCUUUCUUUCUCGCUGAAACUUUUUUUUUCUCAUAAUUCCAUUUAUGUCCCUAAACGGAACGGAUAAAUAUCAUUUUCGCUCUCGGUUUUUCUUUAACAUAUAUAACUGCCCGGUCCUUCAUUCCCGCAAAUCUCGCCUUUUUCUUUUGAGUUUAAUUUAAAAAAAAAUGGAGUAAUGGUAAAGAGUAUUUUCUAGAACCGCCGUGAGUAUCACCGGAACCUCUUUAUCUCCGGCGAAGUUAAUUUUCCCCGAUCCGGCGGGUUUUGAUUUGAUGCUGAUUAAUAUAAUUCUACAUGCAUCCCUUUUGUUGUGUCUCUACCGUCUCUGACCACUCCCCGGCUAAACCUUCGUCUCAGUUCGCCGAACUCGCUAUGUCUCCGGUGACUUCGCUCGCCGCCAGAUCCGAUUCGACCGGAAGAGUGGCUAGCCAUAUCAACAAUCAUCAUCACCAAUCGUACAGUCACAAUCAGAGUCAGAAUUACAAUCACAAUCACAAUCAUAGCAGCAGUAAUAAUAGCCUUGGCAAUAGCGACUACGGCCGGCUGAGCCAAAGAACGACUGCGGCGGCUGCGGCGGUGGCGGCGGCGGAGGCCCUGGCUCGACCUCCGUCGAUGAGGGAGCAACCAGUUGAUGUCAAAAUCAACGAUCUCGUUGGAAAUGGGGUUUCUGGUAUACUGUAUAAGUGGGUGAAUUACGGAAAAGGUUGGCGACCUCGGUGGUUCGUGUUACAAGAUGGAGUCCUUUCGUAUUAUAAGAUUCAUGGACCUGAUAGGAUCGUUGUUACCCCGGAGACGGAGAAAGGAUCGAAGGUUAUCGGCGAAGAAUCCUUGCGAAGGAUUUCUCGUCAGAAGAGUGCCAACUCUAACCAGCAUCGCCGGAAACCGUUCGGCGAAAUUCAUCUCAAGGUUUCGAGUAUCCGUGAAAGUAGAUCUGAUGAUAAGAGAUUUUCAAUAUUUACUGGCACUAAGAGGCUGCAUUUGAGGGCCGAGACACGCGAGGAUCGUGUGGCUUGGAUGGAAGCAUUGCAAGCUGUGAAAGACAUGUUUCCGCGACUGUCGAACAGUGAGCUAAUGGCUCCGAUUGACAAUGUAGCUGUUUCAACAGAGAAGUUGAGACAGCUGCUUACGGAUGAGGGCGUUAGUGAAGCUAUCAUUCAGGAAAGCGAGCAUAUUAUGAAGAGCGAGUUUGCUGCUCUACAGAACCAGCUUCUGCUGCUCAAGCAGAAACAAUGGCUCCUCUUCGACACACUGCGACAGCUAGAGACAGAAAAGGUUGAUUUAGAGAAUACAGUGGUUGAUGAGAGUCAAAGACAGUGGAAGGAUUGUGGGGUUUCUUCUAGGUCAAGGCAGGAUAAAUUUAGUGAAGGAAGUGGAAGUGAGUCUGAUGAUGAUAAUGAAAGAGUUGAUGCCGCAGAAGAAGAAACAGAUGAUGAAGAGAAUACCUUUUUUGAUACUCGCGAUUUUCUAUCAUCAAGUUCUUUCAAAAGUAAUGCCUCUGAUUAUAGGAUAUCAUCAUUUUCUUCAGAUGAUGAUGGUUUUUAUGCGGUUGAAUCUGAAGAUGACAUUGAUCCAGCCAUUAGGUAUGUUGGGACUAGCUAUCCCCGUGUUAAGCGGCGUAAGAAAUUGCCUGAUCCCAUUGAAAAAGAGAAGGGUGUUAGUCUUUGGUCGAUGAUUAAGGAUAAUAUUGGAAAGGACCUCACUAAAAUUUGUCUUCCUGUAUAUUUUAACGAACCUCUUUCCUCUCUACAAAAAUGUUUUGAAGAUUUGGAGUAUUCUUUUCUCAUUGACCGUGCUUAUGAGUGGGGAAAAAGGGGUAAUAGCCUCAUGAGAAUUCUUAAUGUUGCUGCUUUCGCCGUAUCUGGAUAUGCUUCAACUGAAGGAAGAAUUUGCAAACCAUUUAAUCCAUUAUUAGGGGAGACAUAUGAGGCUGACUAUCCAGAUAAAGGCCUUCGAUUUUUCUCGGAGAAGGUUAGUCAUCAUCCAAUGGUCGUUGCCUGUCAUUGUGAGGGUACAGGAUGGAAAUUUUGGGGGGAUAGCAAUUUGAAGAGCAAAUUCUGGGGUCGCUCAAUUCAGCUUGAUCCUGUUGGUAUUUUAACUGUGCAAUUUGAAGAUGGGGAAGUUUUUAAGUGGAGUAAGGUUACAACAUCAAUUUACAACCUCAUAUUGGGGAAGUUAUAUUGUGAUCAUUAUGGUACAAUGCGCAUAGAAGGAAGUCAUGGUUAUUCAUGUAAGCUAAAGUUUAAGGAGCAGUCAAUUAUUGAGCGAAAUCCUCAUCAGGUCCAAGGUAUAGUCCAAGAUAAGAAUGGAAAGACAGUGGCAACGCUAUUUGGAAAAUGGGAUGAGAGCAUGCAUUAUGUCACUGGAGACUGUUCUGGGAAGGGAAAAGGAUUUGAGUCGUUGUCUGAAGCUCAUCUUCUCUGGAAGAGGAGCAAGCUGCCCAAGUGUCCGACAAGAUAUAACUUGACGCGUUUUGCCAUCACUCUGAAUGAACUUACCCCUGGAUUGAAGGAAAAGUUGCCUCCAACAGAUUCAAGACUCAGACCUGAUCAAAGGUAUCUAGAAAACGGAGAAUAUGAAAUGGCAAAUUCAGAGAAGUUACGACUGGAGCAGAGACAGCGACAGGCUCGGAAGAUGCAAGAGAGCGGUUGGAAACCACAGUGGUUUACCAAGGAUAAAGGAAGUGAUUCUUAUCAAUACGUUGGUGGAUACUGGGAGGCAAGAGAAAAGGGAAAUUGGGAUUCAUGUCCUGAUAUAUUUGGUCAAUUUCCUUCCGAUCAGCUCGUUGAUUAAGCUCAUUGCACUCUUCUGGCUCAUCAAUUCUUUUGCAUUUUUUUUCCUCGCCAGGUUGGCUAUUUCGAGGAAUUGGAUGUAAGUAAUUAGAUGGUAGACUUUUGUAGCUAAUAAUAAUAUAAAAAGAAAAGAGAAAAAAAAACCAAUCUCAAGUUCCAUUCAUUACAUGAUAUGGUUGAUGAUCUUAGUGGGGGAUGGAGUGAACCUUGUGUUAGAGUCAGGUUCUUGCAAGUAUUACAAAUAGUAAAUCUCAGAGAAAGUGAUUAUUCUUACAGAGGAAAAGCAUUGGUGGUGGCGCCAAGUUGAUGAUUCUUUUGUGGUUUGUUGUGGCAGAUGGUACAUAUUGGAGAGAGGAACCAAGCCCAAUUUCUGGCUUAAGAAGCGUUGAGGUUUAGAUUUUGAUUUCUUUUCUAACCACUACUACCUGAGCUUUUUAUGUUAAGCACUAACAAGUCUGCUGUUAUUAACUGAUUUGUGAUUGAGGUAUAAUAAUAAAAUGUUCUAUUCAUAUUCUA